CUUAUUCCAAAAAUCAAUGAAUGUGUCAAAGCUCUGGAAGAAAAUCUGUACGAAGUAGCUAAAGAUGGUAAACCUGUUAACUGUACUCAACAUUUUAACGUCUUUGUAAUGGAUUCAAUUUCCAGAUGCGCUUUCAAUAUGGUUAUUGAUAGUCGUGAUUACGUUAAAAAUCCUUUUGUGAAUUCCAUCUCCAAUGUUUUUUCAUCAGUUCCAUGGAGACAUUUGAUGUUUGAUCUGACCCGAGACGAAAUUAUCUCCCAGUGCAUUUUGUUUUUUAUUGUCGGAUUCGCCACAACUGCUGCCAAUAUUAACUUUAUCGUAUACAGUUUAGCAUUAAAUCCCGAAUGCCAAGAAAAGUUAGCAAAAGAAUUACAAGAAAAUCUUCAAAAUCAGGAAGAACUAGAAUACGAAGACGUUCAGAAUUUACCUUACUUAGAUGCAGUCAUUUCUGAAACGUUGAGAUAUUACUCACCAACUCCAAAAGUUAUUCGCAUGGGACACGAAGAUUAUCAUUUAGAAGGAACGGAUAUUGUUGUUCCUAAA